GCCGACUUCAGAGCUGUCGCAACGGUCGGCGCGAGCGGUGGCAGUCGGGUUGGGUGGUCGGUAACGAGAGUGUGGUGUGUGCACGCGCGAGCGACAGACGCGAUACGGCCAACGUGCGAAGAGGCGUGCGUGAGGGAGCGCGUUGUCAUGACGUUCGCGUGAGUCUGCGAGCAGCGUUGAUCAGCAGCGAGUCAGUCAGCCAGCCGUGUCCGAGUCUCAGGAACAUGGCGCGCGAUUCUCGACGCGUCGUCGACGACGGCGGCGGUGGCAGUGGUGGCGGUGCGACGGUGAGGUGCAAACUGGUGCUGGUCUUUUCGGUGUUGCUGCUCGCGAUUGUGGUUCCUGCGUACGCCGACAGUCAAGGUCCGUCCCCAGACUUUAGUAGACACGUCCUGAUGAAACCGCGAGUGUAUCACGGCAGGACAAAGAGGCAGAUUUCAUCGACCAAAGAGAACGACAUCGAGCACGCGGACGUGCUGACGGUGGGUUUCAAUGUGGAUGGUGUCGAGCGCGUUCUCGACCUUCGACUGAACACCGAUUUAAUUCCGGUCGGCUAUCAGGAACGCCACCAGCAUCGCGGCACGUACAAAGUGAACACCCCGUCGAAAGUUGAACUCUGUCAUUACCAAGGUAGCGUUCGAGAUGUUCCCGAUUCGUGGGUUGCGUUAUCCACUUGUAGAGGAUUGCGCGGUGUCAUCUUCGAUGGUGAGAACCUUCAUCACAUCCAACCGGAAGAUGAGAGCUUGGAUUCUUCACAUUACCUCUACAAACACAACGACCUCAUCGCUAAUAAUACGUGCGGUUACGAAGGCACGCCGCCGCACCACGUUCUCCCUCGCGAUUAUCGAGAAACUGAAAGACUCUCUAGGCAUAAAAGAGCGGCUGAAAUUAUUCGGGGACCCUACAACGCGAACAGGCAGUCGCGUUAUGUCGAGCUAGUACUUGUAAUCGACAAGAAGGAAUAUAUGGCGCUCGACGAAAACCUGGAUAAAGUACAUCAGCACUGUAAGGACAUCGCCAACAUUAUCAACGCUCUGUACAUGCCGUUGAACGUAUUCAUCGCUCUGGUCGGCGUGCAAGUGUGGUCCGAGUCCGAUGAGAUAAAUCUAUCAUCGAACGGCGACACCACUCUGUCCAAUUUCCUGCGUUACCGCAGGGAGAAGCUGGUUCAGGAUAUACCCAACGAUAACGCCCAGCUAUUGACGCGAAUUACCUUUGAAGGCGGAGUAGUCGGCAAAGCUCUUAAGGGACCGAUAUGCACCUAUGAAUUCUCUGGCGGCGUCUCCAUGGAUCAUUCCAACGUCGUUGGUUUAGUCGCGGCCACUGUUGCUCACGAGAUGGGCCAUAAUUUUGGCAUGGAACACGAUGGGCCGGAUUGCGGCUGCCCGGAAGAGAAGUGCAUUAUGGCAUCGUCCAGCGGCUCGUCCGGGCCAACGCACUGGUCCACAUGCUCGCUAGAACAUUUGGCCAUAGCCUUCGAGCACGGUAUGGAUUAUUGCUUGAGGAACAAACCGCAGAAGCUCUUCGAUAGUCCCAUAUGUGGCAACGGAUUCGUCGAACCUGGCGAGCAGUGCGAUUGCGGCCUGAAGGAAAACUGCGACAAUCCCUGUUGCAACGUGACUACUUGCAUGCUGCAUAGUAAUGCAAGCUGUGCCACCGGCGAGUGUUGUGAUCUGAAGACCUGCAGGCCGAAGAGCGCGGGUACAGAAUGUCGAAGCGCCGAACAUGAGUGCGAUCUGCCGGAAUAUUGCACGGGUCAGAGCGAAUAUUGUCCGGCGGACGUGUUUAAGAUGGACGGAGAAAUCUGUAGCGUAGGCAAAGCUUUCUGCUAUCAAGGCUCGUGCAGGACACAUGACGAUCAGUGCAAACUCCUGUGGGGUCCCACCGGUUGGUCCUCCGACACGCAAUGUUACGAUAUGAACAACCGAGGUACAAAGAACGGUAAUUGCGGCUACAAUCGCAUUGAUGCGAACUUCAUCAAGUGCAACGAUCAAAAUCUUCUCUGCGGCAUGCUACACUGUAGACACUUGAAUGAACGAUUAGAAUUUGGCAUGGAAUCGGUCGCAACUUUGAGCCAUUCCUUCAUCAACAACGGCGGGAGGAUAAUACCAUGCCGUUCGGCUAUAGUCGAUCUUGGAUUGAACGAGGUCGAUCCUGGACUCGCCCCGGACGGUGCCAAGUGUGCACCUGGAAAGAUGUGUGUGAAUCAAAAAUGUAUGUCAGUAGCGGAUUUGAGAGCAUCCGUAUCUAGUGGUAAAGCCUGUCCGAAUAAUUGCAACGGUAACGGAGUAUGUAACAGUCUUGGCCAUUGCCAUUGUAGCCGUGGCUUUCGACCACCUGACUGCCUUCAUCCCGGAAUCGGAGGCUCCGAGGAUAGCGGUCCAGCCGAGGAUCCAAACGCGAGAAACGAUGUCGCAACCGUGCUCUACAUUAUCUUCUUGGGAGUGGUGCCCGCUAUAGCUCUGCUGCUGUUCAGUGUUUGGUACGUCAGAAAUUCCUCACAGCACUGGAAGAAGGACGUGAUGUCUACGACCGAUCGCGGCCACAAUGGAUCGCUAAUCAAAACGAUUGAUCGUUCAAGCCCCAUGUCUCGUAACAUCGAGACGAUCGAUUCUAGCCUGAGUCAGGAUCCGGCGUGCGUGAGUUUGCUACCUAAGACAGAGGCCGACGAGCGCUACACCAACAAUAUGUUUGGCCAGUUUAAAGGCUUCACGAUCACGCCGAUCCACUCUCAAUCCAAACUGGCCGAACCCACGAAAUCGGCUCCGCCUCCGCCGCCAGGGUGGAUGCCUACCGUAGCAAUUAAGACAAAUGUAAUUAAGUCGAAUAUGCAAAGAUGCAAUGUAUCGCAAAAAAGUACUCUGUUAAGUUCUGAUGUCAAUGAUGCGACCGCGCCCAUGUUGCCGCCAUUGAAUCCCGGAUCUACAGCGCGACCGUUAAUCAGCAGUCCCGUAUUGGCAGCUACAACCUGCACGUCUGUUGAACUGGUAGCCAAGGUACCCACCAGACCUGCCCCGGAUGUACCCAUGCGUCCAGCCCCGGCACCGCCAACCACCGGUUCCACGGCAUCUGCAAAGCCGCAGAGACCAAACAGUACGCCCUUGACGAACGUGGUAUUGCCAGAACCUGAGAAGAAGCCGGAUAGAGGCAGCACGCUCAACCGAAUCGCAUCGAUGUUGCGUCCUGGUUCUGGCAUCAUGAGAAGCAACUCUCAGAGGGACGAAAGGAAUACGAAUUCUCUGCCGAGGAGCCAGCAUCAUAAGGCCAACAAAGUCAUCGACAAGGAAAUCUUAAGAAACUUGGAGAUUUCCAAUCCGAUACCUCAAAAAGAGAUUGAGAUCGCCACACCAGUCAUCCCGGUGAUAUCAGCGGCCGAAGUCGAGAAAAAAAACGUGGUCCUGCGCGCUCAGUCCAUGAGAGACAGCAAAAUUACGCCAAAACCUCUUGUCCAUACAUUCGGUUCGAUGCGUCAGACGACGCCCGUUAAAAGACCCACCAGUAUUCCCGCCAGCACGAGGCCUACGUCGCCACCUCCAGGUCCGCCGAACAUCGCGCAGACAGAAAAGUCCGUCGAGAACGCGAUAAAAAUUCCAGGAUUGCCUGGUUAUCAAAAUCCACCCGUGAAGCCGGAGGACGUUUACGACGACUGCAUGAACUUGAUUGCGGAAUCUUCGUUAUCAGCCUUGAGAGAGAUUAGGGAGGAAUCGCCUACGAAUGACAAUAUUUAUGCGGUGAUAGAGGAAUCCGUGCCGGAGAAGAACAGGAAGAACAUAGAAUUGGAGGCAACAAUAUCAACCGAUAACGAAUAUAAACUACCGAAACGCAUCGACGCGACAUCCACCGCUGGUGCGAACGACUUGGAAUCGAUGGGUCUGCUAUCAGAAAUUGUAUCAGAGAUCUCGAAUCGCCACUUUGAUUCUAUAUAUUCCACUUCGACGCUGACCAGGAAGAAGAGGGAGAAUAAUAAUGAGGAUGCGUCGAAAAAUGCAGAAAAUACAGGCUCUGACAGUUCCUUGGGUAGUUACAUGAACUCGAGUCACUACAAGACACCCGGGAGCGUUUAUUCAAACUCGACUUCCGGCAAGUUUAAUUCCUCGAGUUCCACCACCAGCUCCGGGUAUCUUCAUCCAUCCGUGAUAAAUGUUCCUCAAAUGGACAGAAAAGAGACAGAUAAAAGUAUUUCAGACGCGAACGACAACUUGAAACCUAUCGAAAAAAGCAAGCUAGAUACCCUGAAAUCUAAUAAUCCUAAUAUAAAUGACGAACUGUCCAAAGAACUCGGUAUGAAGCCGCCUGAGAAUCCUGUAGAGCACAAACCGUUCGCUCCGACGAAGAUUCGACCGUCUCAUUUGAUACAUAUCAAGAAGGACGACCAAACUGAGAGUAAAGUUCCGGUUAAGCCGCUUUUGAACAGGACUAAAACGCCACCGAAUAUCGCGAAAAGUCCGACUUCCAGGGAAACGACCGAGUCGAGCGUGAAACUCACGAGACAAAGUUCAGAUAAUACAUUAAAAUCGUUGAAAUCUUCCUCAAAAGCGUCCGACGCGAGUUCGAUAAAUUCGACGAAGCAGCGUUCGGACGCGAGGCAAACGCAACUGACCGCGACCAAGUCGAAUAGCGAAUUAGAUAAAGAGGAAUCGCGUACAACUGUAUCUGUCAAAAAUGUGCCUUGUAGUCCUAAGGAUAAUCCGGGCAAGUUCAAUAGUCCGGACCUGGUCUCAAGCUGUUCGAACGCGAAUCAAGGCGGCACAAAGUCGCCGGACGUUGUGGGCGGCAACCCCAAGUUCAGUCUCCCAUUGAAGACAUCCGCUCACAAGAUAUCCACGCUGCCAAGAAAUGGUGGGCAAAAGACGCCUACGACACCGUUGAAACCUCUAAAUAUUACGUCCAAAACUACUGGUCUCUCGGAAAGGAAGAAAUCCCCGACCGGCAAUGCAAGCCUAGCUAAAUCAUUGUCGUCAUCCAUCAAGGAUUCGAAUAAUGCCAAGGGUGCGAAGGUAUCUACUAAGACGGAAACGAUCAAGAACGAGGAUGGAGGAGGAAGGAAUCCUCUGCAAAGGGCGGCCAGUGGCAAGUCCAAUGUGGCGUCGCUUCAACAAAAGUUUGAAGCGAACAAGAACAAUUCUGGUGUCACGAGAACUAUAUCAAGUGUAAACAAUAAGAAGCCGGUGUCGACGCGACCAAAGUGACGAAAGUGAGCGGCAGCGGCACUGAAAAGAAGAAAAAGAAGUAAUCGUCACGAGAGAGAAAUCUAUACUUGAAACAUUCUAGUCCACGAAGCCGUUUAAAAUGUUUACGAUGAUUGAUUUAAUCUCGUUGGAGAAGAUAUACGUGAACGAGUACACACAUUCACGCUGAUGUAAACGUGCACGUGUAUAAAGUAGUAGAUACACAUACGAGGGCGAUAUGUGUCUCUGUAACUUCUUAAUUAAAAAUCCUUAAACGGAUGUUGAAAGAAAUAGUACAAGGAUCGCGAAUGUUUCCUUCUAAGAUCCAUAAAAGAAAACGCUAAUUUUACGAGCAAAUAUUAUAUUUCUUGUCAGAAUAUUGUAAAAUUGCGGUCGUACGUGGCCGUUACAUAAGAGAGACAUAGUAUUGAAAAUUGUAAAUAGUAUCCACUUAAAAAUUGUCAAAUAUUUUUUGUAGAAACUACCCACAUUGCCGAUGUUCAAGCGUACCUAUGUAAGCCAAUAAUUACCAAUAUUAGUAAUAUUUAUCUUUUACAAUAUUAGUAAUAUUUAUCUUAAGCGUUUUAUAAGAAGCGAUAUUACGAGGUAAAGCGACAUUAUUUUCGAAACCUUCGCUUAAAAUUGGAGAAGGGGGGCGUGUUACGAAAUUCAUUGAUCUCUGUGAUAUAUGUAUAUGUAUAAAGAAAUAUACUGCACAGAAAUACACACACACAUACACACACUGAUACGUCACCUUGUUGUAAGACUAGCAGACUAUAGAUGCGACCAAAAUUUAUUUUAUAUCACUGCUAUGAUGAGGGCCCCAUUAUGAGAGAUCUUUGAAAUCCGGCGAUCGGAUCGAGGCAAGAUAAAUAAAGAUAAUAGAGAAAAUAAGAAGGGAGAUAUCUCUCUUUUUGAAAUUUCACUCUUAUUCUUGUAUUCAUUUUAUUAAUCCACCGAAGGCUGAUGAAUUAUUAAAAUCGAUGCGAAAAUCUGUGCCCUCGAUUGAAUCCGAUACAUAAGUAGAUGGUAUUGAAAGUUGUCACGCACCGUUAAAUUGAUGAAAGCUAUCGGAAAUCGCAGUCAUAUCUGACAGACGUUAAUAGAAGGCCUCUUUCCAAAGAUUAAGAUGUAAUGAAAUCUAGGAUAUAUACAUAUAUAUACACACACACAUAGAUACAAAAUUGUACCUUGGAGAUUCUGUGGGAGUCAAAAUUGAAAUGCCAUUAGCUAGAAAAGUCUAGGUGUUAGCAAUCUCGAUAGUAACACUGCGAAUUGAACAAAGUCGAUAUUCUUUCAGUACAGUAAUGAAUUAAGCCGGAAUAAAUUAAGCACUUCCUCUCGAUCGCGCAGUAUCACGCCUUUAUUUUUUCACCAUUCUCCCCGUAAAUUGAAAUGAAUUAGCGAUAAAGGCUUGCUUCGUCUAAGGCCGCUCUCGACGCAAAGACUAAAACUAUUUAUUUGACUGAUCCAUGUAAAUAUUGUUUAUAUAAGAUAAGCACAUACAUAUAUAGAGAGAGCUAAGUUUUAUACAAUGUACCUUCGAAUUGGAUAAGUUAAGUUGUAAGUUACCCCUAACGCAUUAUACGUGCGAUUGUGAGAAAUAGCUUCGAUGCUUUCUUGAAACUAUAAAAAAAAUAUGUAGAUUUUAUUACUUUAAGAGCGCGUAAAAAGGUUUGUGUGAAAAGGUUUUAUUGAACGGACUUGGUUUUAUUGACCUAACCGACUAUAUAUGUGCAUUUACUCGUUUUUUCUUUCCUUUAUUCUUGUGUGUGUUACAUGAAAAAAUCCAGUGCAUGAUUUUUUAUUCAUAGUAUUCAAUUUGCAAUAGUUCCUACACACGAGUAUAUUCAGAAAUCACGAAAGAAUUUCGCGAAAAUUCAAUAAAACUUUUUUACUCACGUAUUAUGCAUUGCUUUUUCCACUUGUUUGUCUAUGCGUGAUGUCAUAUGUGUAUGUGUUGCUUCAUUACGAGACAAUCAAGCGUUUGUUUUGCAUACGGUUCGACGAGGAGUCUCAACACAACCAGCUUAUUAUUAAUAAAUAAAUGCUAUUUUAGUAAAAGUACUCUUUAAAAAGAAAAUGAGAGAAAAAAGAAUUAAACUUCACACUAAAUAAAUACUGCAACGUGUAAUUGUAAUUUCAAUUGUAUAAUAAAAAUCAUCCAACAAAUUGGCUUAAAAUAACGAUCAUCGAUGACAUAUAAUGAAGUUCAAAACUUCAUCUUACAUCGGUUAAUAAAUAAAUAACAACAAUAACAGCAAGCAUCAUUGCAAUUUGCAAUACAUAUUGUACAUUCAGUACCAAAGAUAAGUAGCAUCCUAUCUAUGACACUGCUGAGAUAAGUACUACAAUAAUUAAUUACGAUAAUGUGUACAUUACCUUAAACCUUUACGAUGUUACAAUAAAGUCUUUAUUCCAACUAAA